UCUUAUCGCAACAUCUGAUAACAAACGUGGCUAUCAACAAUGAGCUUAAUAUGAGUCUAGCUCUCGUCCUCGCCAUCUCAAUCUUGGCGUUAUGUUCGAUUACUGCUCAAGAUAUCUAUGGAGAAUACAAAGAAGAACAAGCCUCCAGAGAGUUAAAUAUUUUCAAGAAUUUAGAUGAGUUAAUCUCUUUUUUCAGAAACGAAUCUAAUCCUCUUGCACAUGAAGUCCUAGACACGUUUCUAACAAAAUGCCAAUUUCCGGACUACACGAGAAGGCUACAAGGCCACCCCCGCAAGCCAGUUAUUGUCAUUGAAGGGAACCAUAAAUCAAGCCGGGAUGUUGUGGUGAUGGGACUGUCCCAGCUAAUGAACGCCCGGUAUGUGAACCACCCCGCACCUUGUAUCCACAAGUAUCACAAGCUCCUGCCCAAGGGAUCAAACCUACGAAGGGCGUAUUAUCUACUUUCGAACUACGCUGGCUCUCGCUACGCCAAAUCACAGCUCAACAGGCCGAUCGUCAUAAAUGGGUACUGGUCGGAGCAGCUGGCGUUCACACUCACACAUGUGUACCCUCCUGGCGAGUUGCCUCCCAUACACUCGGACAUCUUCGCAUUUCCGGACGAUCUUCUCAAGCCGGAUAUCAUUUUCUACCUGGAUUUUCCCAACAAAAUGAUCUACCAUCAUGUCACUACCAAGAGUCCACUGACUUGGAAACCCAGAAUGCUGGAGGUCUACACACACAUGCAAGCAAGGUACCCCAUAGUGCUGAAGGAGAUGAAGCCCUUGUUCAAGCUGACCACGGAGGAGAUCCACCGCCACAUCCACCAGCACUUGUACGACAAAGUGUUUGGCGUCCGAAACACCACAGGAACCGUCCACUGAUACCAAGGCCAACAUUUACUAACUCUUGUUAUAAUUAAAUACUAAUACUCGUAGUUUUCCACUGUUAUUAACAAAUACGUGACUUAUUAAUUAUUCUAAAUCUUUAAUCUAUUUAUGGGAACAGUCAAAACCCUCAGCAUUUAAGAUGAGGCUCUCACAGAUAUUGCACGUGUAUCUUAAGGUCCAUAUAAAAAUAUUAAUGCAGAGCUAAGGGGAACACAGAUCAGAGAAACUAAACAAAUUGCUAUUUGUAAUUAAAAUUCUUACAUAGGCCUAUACUAGACAAUAUUCGACAACAAAAAAUUGGACUUCGAGUGUUUAUUAUUGUUUUAAACCCAUGAUAUUUCAAUAGUCAACUGUGUGUAUCUGUGGUAGUUCUGUUUGGUUCCAUCAACCAAAAUGAUCAAAAAUAAUAAUAUUUUUAUGUAUGCAUUUUGAUUCUGGCUAUACAAGUUAUGACAUAGUUUUAAAGUAUUUUUAGUUUUUUUUUGUUAAAUCUGAAAAGGGAAUUUUAGAUGAGAAUGUGAAAAGUCUAUUUGUAAUUGUUUCUGUAUUUAACAUGAGUGGCAAAUACACUAACGAAAUACAGGUACAUUAGUAUGUGUAUUUAUGUAUGUUGUGAGAGUUAACCGUAGUGAAGUACUGCAAACAGUUGAGAUUAUUUUUGUCCCAGUAAUAAAAAAUAAAAAGUAAUCAUCUUUAUUGGACCGACAAUUUUUCCAAUAUGCUCUCCAAAGUGAGCUUCAUAAUCAUAUAUAUAUUUGAUAUUUCUGUGCAACGAUUACAAUACAUAUACCUAAAUGAAUCGACCAAGUGCCGUUUGAAAUCAAGUCAAACUUAGCAGCAGCGGUUAUAGCAAAUGGCACACGUGCCUGAUAAGGCCUACCCCGUCUGUGUUAAAAUAAUCAUCUUUGUACUACAAUUUAUCCCAGAGUUUUUGGCGAAAAAGUUUUAUGCACAGCAAAACAUUUUUUAUUUCAAACUUUUGUCAUAAACGAUACUACAAAAUAAUUUUUAUUUUUGGAUAUCAACUAAGGUUUUUAUGAUUUCCGUAUGUAAAAUGUAGCUUUAAUUCUAGCAAUGGAGUGCAGCAAUUGUAAUCAUUUUGUUGCUCAGUAUAAAAGGAAUAAGUGGCUAAAAUUCCAUUGAAUUAUCUCAAUUGGUUUCAGAAAAAUGUGUGUGCAAUCUUUUAAUUGCUGCAAUUUUUUGAAAACGGAUUUUGUGUCUUUCCAUGGGCACAUUUAUUUGCAGUUCCAAAUUAAAAAACUUUGAAAAACAGGUGUCAUAAAUCCAUAAAUGUCUGAACUAUUAAGCUAUAUAAAGCUAUUUUUGUGUUUGCAGGUUUUGGGUUUUGUCUUUAGCCAGAGCGUUUUGAGACCGUACUUAUGAUUCAUGUACGGGUUUUGCCUUGCCAAGUCUCCUCUUAACUAGCAUUACACAAAAUACUUUUCUUACUUUAUUACAUUGAAAAGUUUGGAACCAGUUGCUAAAUAAAAGUUAACAAAAAUAAAUAAAACUAAAUUCUAAUUUAAUAUUAUUUUACAAUUUAUUUAAAUUUACGAAUUGAAAACUUACCAUAUUUUUAAUUAUUCUUACAAGAUAAGAGAAUUCCACCUGUAACAUAGAAAUUUUGUAGAAAAUAUCACUGUUCUUGUCUUAUCUUGUCUCAGUAGGUCUGCGUAAUCAGCUCCUACCUCCACCAGCCAGGAGGUGAAAAGAUUUUUGUAAAAAUCACGUGAAGUGGGAAAUGUGGCUGUGUCCAGCUCUACUCCCUUCCCUCCCUACUUAGUAGUUCGUGAAAGUGAAUUUUUUAAAGUACAUAUCUGAUAUCUUUUAUGACAUUGGUGUUCCUUUCUAUUAUGUGCUUGGGAGAACACAGAUACACCUAUUGAGACAAAAGCGUGUAUUGUGGCAUCAAAAUUUACCCGAAUCAAGGACAAAUACGAAAAGAAUAGUUCUCUGACUGAAAUUUGAGUGACUACGUAAGCUGCUGCUCAAGCACAAUAUCCUCCGCACUCACCAAUGGGACUGUGAAUGCUCUACGUCUCUUGUGUCGUCAAAAAUAAUCAAAGAAAACUUAGAGCGCAUAAGUAUUUCGUCUGCAGCAAAAUAUUUCCAAUAAUUAAUAUCGUCAACGAAAGAAGUUGCAGAGAAAUAUCUGCAAAAUGCGGUGCUAACGCGGAUUUGGAACGCAGAAGCAGAAACUUUUGUCCCAAUUUCUAAAAACUUUGAACUAAAAAGUCGCAAAUAUGGUGCAUUUCUGACAGGUUCUGCAAUCUCCUUGCGCCAUUCUGUAGAUGAAAUUCUGUCCAACAUGGUAAUGUAAAUAUCCUAAAAGAAAUUAAACAGGGAGCUCAACUUUUUUUACAGAAACUCCCUCAAUUAGAUAAUGAAAUUUAUUUUCCUGGUUUUAGAUGUUUUUAUUGUAUUAUUAUUGUAUUUUAUUUUUAGGAGAAGUAUUUCUCAUUUAAAGCCUUAUUAUGACUGAACUCAUGGGCCACUGGCCUGUGUGAGGCUCUUAUCAAAAAUAAUAAUGGGGAGAUACGAUACAGUCCAAGGUCGAUGGUACUGAUAAAAAGUGCAACGGUUACAGACAGGAUUUGUUGAACCUGCAAUAUAUCUAACUCAGAUCCAAAGUCCAACGCCUUAGACCGCUCAGACUUCCAGUAUAUAUAUAUAUAUAUAUAUAUAUAUAUAUAUAUAUAUAUAUAUAUA